AUAGAGGCCUGUCUGGACGAGGAGUUGCCCCCAACAACGGAGCUGGAAGAGGGGUUGAGAAAUGGAGUCUAUCUGGCCAAACUAGGCAACUUCUUUGCUCCACAGACGGUUUCCCUAAAGAAGAUCUACGACCGUGAGCAGACACGGUACAAGGCAACGGGUCUCCAUUUCAGACACACAGACAAUGUCAUCCAGUGGCUCAACGCCAUGGCAGAAAAGGGACUACCAAAGAUCUUCUACCCUGAAACCACAGACAUUUAUGACCGAAAAAACAUGCCACGGUGCAUCUACUGUAUACACGCUCUCAGUCUCUACUUGUUCAAGUUGGGUUUGGCCCCACAGAUCCAGGAUCUUUAUGGAAAAGUAGAUUUCACUGAGGAGGAAAUCAACAACAUGAAGAGCGAGCUGGAGAAGUAUGGAAUCCAGAUGCCCGCCUUCAGCAAGAUUGGAGGGAUCCUGGCCAAUGAGCUCUCAGUGGAUGAAGCCGCAUUACACGCUGCAGUGAUCGCCAUCAAUGAUGCCAUCGACCAUGGCGUUCCAGAGGGCACCCUGGCUGCCAUGCAGAACCCCAACGCCAUGCUCCUCAACCUGGAUCCGAACUCGGCACAGGUGUAUCACGAUACACUGUACCGAGCAAAGGGGGAGAAGGUGGCAAGCUCUAGAAAACGGCAACUAGAAAAUGCUGAUGCAGAGCGAGAUAUCUAUGACGAGCUUCUCACUCAGGCUGAAAUCCAGGGUAACAUCAACACGGUCAAUGUGAGCAAUGCUCUAAGGGCAGCUGAGGAUGCUCUGAUCAGUGGAGAUGAGGACAAGUUGUAUGAGGCUCUGAAGGCCAUGGGCGUCCAGAACCUGCAGCCUCAGAACAAAGGCUGGUACCUCAAGCAGCUGCAGGCCGAGAGGGAGAACAAGGAGCAGGCAUCUCCUGGAGAAGCUCUGACAAAGGAUGAGCUGCAGAGCGGGGUGGAUGUGGCAAAUGAGAUUGCAGCAGGAUACCAGAAGAUGUUGAAAGCAGUGGAGCGCAUCAAUGCUGCCAUCAGAGAAGGCGUGCCAGAGAAGACCGUGGAGGAACUGAUGAACCCUGAUGCUCAGCUGCCUGAGGUUUACCCCAGUGCUGCAGAUCUCUACCAGAAGGAGCUUUCAUGUCUGCAGCAGCAAAGUGCAGAGGGCUCCCUGACUCAUCCCGAGCUGCUCGUCGCCGUGGAGAUGCUGUCAGCGGUGGUGCUGAUGAACGAGGCGAUGGACGUUGGAGACCGUGCUGCCCUGUGGAGACAGCUGGCCAGCUCUGUGACCGGACUCAGUAAUGUAGAGGACGAGUAUGCACAGAGAUACAUGGAUGAGCUGAUGCGCCUAAGAGCAGCAGCCAAAGAGCAGGGAAGUGCAUAUCUGACCUGGAAUGACAUCCAGGCCUGCAUUGACCAAGUUAACCAAGAUGUGCACGAGGAGCAUGAGCGAAUUGCUGCCAUUGGACAGAUCAAUGAGGCUCUGGAUGAAGGAGAUCCCAUGAAGACCCUGGACAUGCUGCAGAACCGAUCAGCCAAGCUGACAGAUGUGGACCCGUCCAUCGCUCAGCACUACCAUGAUAAACUGCUGGAGGCCCGCAGGGAGAAGGCUCAUGAGACUCAGGAUCCCUCUGCUGUGCUGUGGCUGGAUGAGAUCCAGGAUGCCAUCUUGAAGGCAAAUCAAGACACAAAGGAGGCCUUGCAGUUCUCACAGUCCAUCCAGGCCAUUAAUGAGGCAGUUGGCGUUGGGGACCCUGCUCAGACUCUGGCUGCUCUGCGCAAUCCUGGAGCAGGACUCUACGGUGUCACCUCUGAGUGUGCACAAACCUAUCAGGAUGACUUGGCCAAAAUUAAAGAGGAGAAGAAGAACGAAGGUGAUAACGGCAGUGAUUGGGUCAAACACUGGGUGAAGGGAGGACAUAACUACUACUACAACUUACAGACCAAGGAGGGCACUUGGGUGGAGCCCGAAAGCUUCGUACCAAACAACACUCACAUCAACAAGGAAGAGAUCCAGGGGGUUGUUUCUGGGGUGACCACAGCCUAUAACCGGGAGCAGCUCUGGCUUGCCAAUGAGACUUUAAUCACAAAGCUUCAGGCUCGAUGUCGCGGUUACCUGGUGAGAAAUGGACUCAAGGAGCGGAUGAACUUCCUGAAAUCUCAGGACCCUGCUGUGACAUGCAUCCAGGCUCACUGGAAAGGGUACAAACAGAGGAAAGCGUUCCAGGACCGCAAGCAGUACCUGAAAGAUCACACAAAAGAGGCCGUUAAGAUUCAGUCUGUGGUUCGAAUGCAUCAGGCUCGUAAGAAGUAUAAAGAUCGUCUCAAGUACUUCCAAGAUCAUAUCGACGAUGUGGUGAAGAUUCAGGCUUUCAUCAGGGCCAACAAGGCGAGGGAUGACUACAAAACUCUCAUCAAUGCUGAAAAUCCCCCAAUGGCGGUGGUAAGGAAGUUUGUCCACCUGCUAGACCACAGUGACCAGGACUUUCAGGAGGAACUGGAGCUGAUGCGGCUGCGUGAGGAAGUGGUCACCAACAUCCGCUCCAAUCAGCAGCUGGAGAAUGACCUCAACUUGAUGGAUAUCAAGAUUGGGCUGCUGGUGAAGAAUAAAAUUACCCUGCAGGAGGUAGUGUCGCACAGCAAGAAGCUGACCAAGAAGAAUAAGACCCAGCUGUCAGAUAUGAUGAUGAUGAACAAGCAGAGGGGAGGCCUGAAGGCUCUCAGCAAAGAGAAGAGAGUCAAGCUUGAGGCCUACCAGCAUCUCUUUUACCUCUUACAGACCAACCCGACAUAUCUGGCCAAGUUGAUCUUCCAGAUGCCACAAAAUAAAUCCACGAAAUUUAUGGACUCUGUCAUCUUCACCUUGUAUAACUAUGCCUCAAACCAGAGAGAGGAGUACCUGCUGCUAAAGCUCUUCAAAACUGCUCUGCAGGAGGAGAUCAAGUCAAAAGUGGACCAGAUGAAGGAGAUUGUCACAGGAAACCCAACGGUAAUAAAGAUGGUGGUGAGCUUCCACAGAGGCGCACGAGGACAGAAUGCGCUGAGGCAGAUUCUAGCACCUGUGGUGAAGGAGAUCAUGGAUGAUAAAACGCUAAACAUCAAGACGGACCCAGUGGACAUCUACAAGAGCUGGGUGAACCAGAUGGAGACACAGACUGGAGAGGCCAGUAAGCUUCCGUAUGACGUCACUCCAGAACAGGCCAUGUCUCACGAAGAGGUGAGGACAAGACUGGAAGCCUCCAUUAAAAACAUGAAGACCAUCACUGACAGAUUCCUGUCUGCGAUAAUCGUCUCGGUGGACAAGAUUCCAUAUGGAAUGCGAUUCAUCUCCAAGGUGCUAAAGGACACUCUACAUGAGAAGUUCCCAGAUUCUACAGAGGAUGAGCUGCUCAAGAUUGUGGGGAACCUUUUGUAUUACCGCUACAUGAACCCUGCCAUUGUGGCACCAGAUGCCUUUGACAUUAUUGAGGUGUCUGCUGGUGGUCAGCUCACAACUGAGCAGAGAAGAAACCUGGGUUCUGUUGCCAAGAUGCUUCAACAUGCUGCGUCCAACAAGAUGUUCCUGGGAGACAACGCUCACCUCAAUCCCAUCAAUGAAUAUCUCACCUCCUCCUACCAGAAGUUCAGGCGUUUCUUUUUGGCUGCAUGCGAUGUUCAUUCACUUGAAGAUAAAUUUAAUGUGGACCAGUACUCAGACCUGGUCACCGUCACCAAACCAGUCAUCUAUAUCUCAAUUGGAGAGAUCAUAAACACUCACACUCUGCUGUUGGACCACCAGGACGCCAUUGCUCCAGAGCACAAUGACCCCAUCCAUGAGCUGCUGGAGGACCUGGGCGAGGUUCCCACUGUGGAGUCUCUCAUUGGUGAAAAUCCUCUUCCUCCGGACGAUCCCAACAAAGAGCUGAUGGGGAAGACGGAGGUUUCGCUGACUCUUACCAACAAGUUUGAUGUCCCUGGUGAAGCCAACACCGAGAUGGACGCCAGGACACUCCUGCUGAACACCAAGAGGCUCAUCGUAGACGUCAUCCGGUUCCAGCCCGGGGAAACCCUGACUGAGAUCUUGGAUUCAACAGCUUCUCCGGAGCAGGAAGCAGAGUACCAGCGUGCCAUGCAAAGGAGGGCGAUCAGGGAUGCAAAAACCCCAGAGAAGAUGAAGCAGGUGAAGCCGGUGGUUGAUGACAGCCUAACCCUGCAGGGGAAGAAGGACAAAAUAAAGAGCAACCUGCAGAGACUGGCAGAACUUGGAAAGGUCCACCCAGAGAACCGCUACCAGGACCUCAUCAACGACAUUGCCAAGGAUAUCAGGAAUCAGAGACGGUAUCGGCAGCGCAGGAAAGCCGAGCUGGUGAAGCUUCAGCAAACCAACUCGGCCCUGAAUUCAAAAACCACCUUUUUCAACAUGCAGAUAGAUUCUUACAAUCAGUACAUCAAGACAUGCAUGGACAACCUGGCCAGCAAGGGCAAGUUGUCAAAGAAACCAGGCGACAACAAGGCCAAGAAGAGUAAGCAGGUUUCACAGAAAUACACAGCAGCUCGGCUCCAUGAGAAGGGAGUGCUGAUCUCUAUAGAUGACCUGCAGCCCAACCAGUACAAGAAUGCUAUUUUCGAGAUCUCUCCUUCGGAGACUGUUGGUGUGUUUGACGUGAAGGCCAAGUUCAUGGGCGUGCACUUGGAGACGUUACCGAUAGAAUAUCAGGACCUCCUCCAGCUGCAGUAUGAAGGCGUGGCGGUGAUGAAGCUCUUCGACAAGGCCACUGUAAACGUCAACCUGCUCAUCUUCUUGCUCAACAAGAAAUUUUAUGGAAAAUAAAAAAAAAAUGAGAAGGAGCAAAGAGCUACAGACACUGAAACGAAACAACCGAACCCAAGGGCUGCUUUAAAGCCCCUUCUCUACUUCACCUCUCAUUUCUGCCUAUGCAAAUUCCUGUGCAUUAUUUUUUAUAUCAGGUUUAUCUCCACAUCUGCUCUUAUGUCCAUUUUUGUUCCAUGCAUCUCAUUGGAUAGCUGCAGGAAGUGAGAUUUGUAUGUUUUUUUUAUUUUUUUUUUUGCUUGUAUUAUUCUGAAAAUUUUGUGCAUGGGGAUUAUUUUAAAGAUCCUUCUAUGUAAAAACACUUUGUUUCCUUGUCAGCUGUCGGAUUACCAUAUGAUAUAUAGAGAUCUAAGCAUCAGUAGUAAAGUACUUAGCAGCAUGUUAAAGUCCAGGCGUUUACCUGUACUGAUCUCAUGCCUCUGUUGCUCCUAAGAGAGAUUUACAAUAAAAACAGAUUUUUCUUUUUUGAGGGGGUAAAUUGGACUGUUUACUUUGCCGUGCAAUUUAAACUUUUGAGGAAAUUAUUCUAUUGUAUUUGAUUUUUUUUUUUUUUUAUAAGACAUUCACCCAAUAUCUAAAGUUUCAAUAUUUUUAGGUUUUUUUUUUUAUUUUUAAUUUUGCUGUUCUAUUUGAUUGUUCCCUUUUUU